AUGAAGCGGAUGUUCUCCUGCUCCAGCUCGCAGGUGACGGUGGAGAGCUGGACGCGGCAGGACCAGAAGCUGUUGGAGGCGGUGGCCCGGGGGGACGUGACCCGGGUGGCCGCGCUGGCCGCCCGCAGGAGCGCCCGGCCCGCCAAGCUCAACGCCGGGGGACAGUCCGCGCUCCACGUGGCCGCGGCCGGGGGUCUCACCGAGUGCCUGACGCUGCUGCUGCACCACGGGGCGCCCGUGGACGAGAGGGACGACGACGGCAGCACCGCCCUGCACUUGGCCACCAUCGCCUGCCAACCCCAGUGUGUGAAGGUGCUGCUGCAGCACGGAGCCAACGAGCGCCAAGUGGACCGGCAGAACCGGAUGCCUCUGCACUGGGCCGCCUCCUCGGGCUGCACCUCCAGUGUCCUCCUGCUCUGUGACCACGAGGCCCCGCUGGACGUCCCCGACGCCGUGAGCGGGGAUGGGGGGGACACAGAGGGACACAGAGGGACACAGGGGACAAGGGGGGGGUGACGGUCACGCCGUGUGUCCCCCCAGCACGGCCAGACCCCCCUGAUGCUGGCAGCGCGGGGGAACCACACGGCUGUUUGUGCCCAGCUCCUUCGGCGCGGGGCCCAGCCCGGGCUGGCCGACGGUCACGGCAGGACAGCGCUAGCUCUGGCUCAGGCUCACGGGUGCCGGGAGGCUGCAGAGCUUCUGCGGAGCCACGAGGGGGACAAGGACACCGGGAAUGUCACCGGGAAGGCUCCAAACCCGACACUCCAGAGGGUCCCACACUGUGGGGGGAGAGAGAACGGUGCCAGAGAGGUGGGAAUCCAGGGAAGGGAAGAGGAGGAGGAGGAGGAGAAGGAGGAGGACGGACCCACUGCCCGGCAGCUGCGGGAGGAGUUGGAGAGGAAGACUCGGGAAUGUCAGAGGUUGGAAGGAGCUGCCAGUGGGAUCCGGAGGCGGCUGCGGGAGCUGGUGAAGCUCCUGCCGGGUCGGAAUGAGGGGGAGGAUGAGGAUGAGGAUGAUGAAGACAAGGACAGCGCCUGCCUGGAGCUCCUGGCCCGGCACGUGGCCUUGCUGAGGAAGAGGACGGGGGACGAAGAGGGGGAAGCGGGACACGAGGCUCCGGCACUGAUCCCGUUCCUGACCUGGCUGGGGGAGGAAUGUGCCAAAAUGCGGGAAGCGAAGGCCGGCGCCUCCUCCCGGAGCCGGGAGCUGCGUCAGGAAGCCGAGGAUUCCCUCCAGGACGGGACCGCCUGGGAGCGGCUGCUGGAAGGGCUGGAGCAGCAGCUGGAGCUCCAGGACCAGAGCCACGCCAGGAUGCUCCAGGCAUCCCAAAUCCUCCUGGAAAAGCUCCGCCGGGAGCCGGCAGCCACGUGCCGGUGUGCGGUGAACGGCACCGGGAUGGAUCCGGGCGGGAAGAGCUGGGAGCAGGGCCCGAGGGAGGGUGGGAGGGCGGAGAAGGAGCUGCUGGAGCUGCGGGAGGGCAACGGGAAGCUCCUGGUGGAGCUGGCGCGGCUGGGCCGGGAGCGGGAGCGGCUGCAGGAGGAGCUGCGGGAGCUGCGGGAGCGCGGGAAGGGGGACGAGGCGCGGGGGCUCCGGCGGGAGCUGGAGGCGCUGCGGGACGGGGUGGGGGCACGGAUGAGGGAGCCGGGGGGCGACACCGGGGCCGGGAUCCUCCGGGAUCUGCACCGCAGCCUGGACGCGCUGGUGCGCUCCCAGCACGAGGCCCUGCAGCUCGUCAGCGACAUGGAGAGCGAGACCCCCGCAGCCCCCCAGAACAGCGGGGACGGCAGAGCCGGGGUUGGAGCUGGAGGGACCCCGGCAGAGCCAGGAACGGGGCCGGAGCCGCCGGGAUCGGAGCUGGAGGGAUCGGAUCGGGAGGCGGCGGAGGCGGCCGGGAGGGAGCGGGAGCUGCGGGAGCUGCGGGAGAGGGCGGAGGGGCUGGAGCGGAGCCUGCAGGCCCUGCGGGAACGGGCGGCACGGCUGGAACGGGCCUGCCGGGACAAGGACGGGAAGCUGAAGCAGCUCCUGGUGGAGACGGAGAAACUCUCGGCCGAGGUGCUGGGGCUGCGGGGCCGGAGUGCCCGGCUCGAGCUGCAGCUGGAGGUGCAGCAGAAGCAGCACCGGGACACGGUGGCCGUGUACAGGACACACCUGCUCUGGGCUGCCCAGGGAUUCAUGGAUCACGGUGUCCACGCGGCGCUGCUGCAGAUCCUGCGGGACCAGGCGGGAGCGGGGCCGUGCCUCUGAACGGGAAACCGGGAAAACGUGGCCCAUUCCACGUCAUUCCACAUCCUCAUCCAGCGUCCUUGUCCCAUGUCCCACUCCUGUGUCCCAUUCCUUGUCCUCAUCCCAUGUCACCAUCCCAUGUCCCACUCCAUGUCCUCAUCCCAUGUCCCAUCCUGUAUCCUUAUCCCAUGUCCCGAUCUCCUGUCACACCCUGUGUCCCCCUCCGUGUCCCCGUCCUGUGUCCCAAUCCCAUGUCCCAUUCCAUGUUCCAUUCCGUGUCCCCAUCCCAGCAGCUCAGGGGGGGCCGUAUCCUGCCCCAUUCCCCUGGAAUCCACCCCAAACCACGGGAGCCCCCUGGCCCAUCCCUGUGUUCCCGUCCAUCCCACCCCAACACGGAGUCAGAUCCCAUGGGAAACUCUUUAUUCCGGGUCCCCUCGGCC